GUACACGCACUAUUACGCGCCCGAACGCCACGCGACGCGCGCCUGUUUCUCGACGUUAUUAUAUUAUAUUAUAUACGCUGUCGAGCGCGCGGCGACGGUCACAUUAUAUCGUGUACGACCAUCACGUCGUUAUAAGCUACGACGGCCGUGGCGCGUUUUCGCACUGCCGAGUGAGUCUCGUCCCUCGGUGCCCGUCACACGCCGUCCUUCGAUAUAAACGCCGCCGCAGUCGUCCAAAACCGCACAUUUUCAAAAACGACGUUAUGCAAUUAUAUUAUAUUUUUUAAUCGAAUCCAUUAAACAUUAAUAUUUCGUGUGUAUGUAAAUGUAAUGUAAAUAUUUUCGUGUUUAAGAGUUUGUCAGUAUAGUGCGCGUGUACGAAUAUAUACAUAGAGAGAGAUUACGGCGCCUCGACUCGCGCUAGUCUAUACCUGCACAGUCGUAAUAAAAUAAUCGAUCGACCGAAUUGAUAUUAUAGCAUUAUUGUGAGAGAUGAACAGAAACGUUCGAAAGGAUUCGGACUCCAAAGGGUUGGUGAAAAACGAAACUCCGGACGAAGAGAUCAAAGAGUACGUAAAAACCACAAUGAACGAGAUGCUCGGAUGGUACGGAUAUGAAAAAAUUAAUUCCAAAGAUUGUUCACUGCAAAGUAUGAAUUUAGUUAAGCUUAGAGAAAAAUAUAGAGGCCGCUCAAAAAGCACGGAACCAGAAACUUCGUCAGACGAAUACAAUAGUCCACAAUCGCCAACAACGUCGAACUCACCAGUACAGCAAAUGACAUGCGGAUGGUGUGACAAAACGCUAAUAGCCAAAGCGUUUACAUUCCGCACGGCAGACUCGGAUAACGAAAAAGUAUUUUGUUCCGAACAAUGUUUCUCACACUACCGAAGGGCAAAUUUCAAACGAAAUAAAACAUGCGACUGGUGUAGACAUCUGAGACACACAGUUAACUGUGUUGAUUUCCAAGACGGCGAUCAUCAGCUACAAUUCUGCAGCGAUAAAUGUCUGAACCAGUAUAAGAUGAACAUCUUCUGCAAAGAAACUCAAGCCCAGCUAGAGUUACACCCUCACCUACAAAACACGUCGCUGCCAGAAAACCUUUGUAAAACCCUGGAGCCGAACUUGCCGCUCAUUACACCCGAUCUAUGGCUACGCGAUUGUCAUUCACCGCCACUUCCAGACCGGUCACCAUCUCCUCAAAGGCCUCAUUCCCCUCCACUGCCUGGACCGGCAGUUCCUCAACUACGCAUAUCCAGUAAACUGUUUGACCGUCAAACCCGAAAACGUAAAAGAACCACAGUCGAAGAUACUGUACCACCUGUAUACCCAAAAUUUCCACCACAUGCGCCAGUUUACUGUACACCACCGAUAUGUAGGUCACCAGCAUUCACACAGUCUCAGUCAACAAGUAGCAGCAUACCAACAAAUGCUGAUCCAACACCUUCGCCACUUUACCCAUUGAACUUGCCACCAUCGCUACUACCACCACCUAUGAUAUUAGUACCAUAUCCUAUUAUGUUACCAAUACCAAUACCUAUUCCUAUACCUAUACCUUUACCAUUUUUACAAAAAGAAUGUGAUAAAAGCAGUAAUACGGAAAAAAAUGAAAAAAAUUGAUAAUUAUGUACAAUCACGAUAAACAAAUAUUAUUUUAAAUAAUAUUAUAAAUAUUAUUAUCAUUAUCAUUAUAAAUACUUAACAAACAAAAUUUGAUUAUAAAAAAAAAUUAGUUUUACUAUAAUAAUGCAACCAAAAGUAUUUCAUGUCUUGUAUGUAAACAGAUAAAUUUAGAACCAGAAAAAAUGUUAUAAUCUAAUAAUUAUAAGUUAAUCAAUGUAUAGGAUAAUAUAAGAUUAUUUUAUGAACUGUUUAUCUCAGAAUAAAUAUUUUCUUCUUGUGGUUUAUCAUCAUCUUCA